AUGGCAGAAGAAAUCUUUACCGUGAAGAGCCUCCCUCGUCCAACAAAAACGUACCAUACGGAGACCUACGACCGCAUCGCUCCGUCCAAUUCCGACCAUGAUAACAAGACCGUGCUUAUCACUGGCGGUGCAACGGGCAUUGGCUUCGAAAUAGCCAGGUCUUUCGCCAAAUCUGGCGUUUCACGUAUCAUCCUGCUCUCACGCUCCCCUGACCAUCUCGCGCUUGCGAGGGAGAAGCUCGAGGCUGAGUUCUCGAAAUGCAAGGUCGAAACUUACUCAGUAUCCAUCACCAACCAUGCGCGCGUGAUGCAAAUCGUGAAAGAGGUCGGUAGCAUUGACGUUAUGGUGCUAUCAGCUGCCGCUCAAGAACCCUUCACCACGUUCAACGACCAUACUGUGGCGGAGAUGGACGCGUUUUUCCAGACGAACGUUAUCGCCUGCUUCAACCUCGUUAAGCUGUACAUCGACCUGCCGAUGGAGCCAAGUGGCAGCAAGACAAUCAUAAACAUCUCCUCAGCAUCCGCUCAUUUUGUAGUCCCACAGCAACCAGGUUAUGGACCCUCCAAGACUGCAUUUGCGGCCCUGAUGCAGCAUGCUGCCAGCGAGUAUACACCUGAGAAGGGUGUUCGGAUCGUUUCGCUGCAUCCGGGCACCAUCUAUACCGAAGCCGCCGCGACGGUGUUCGCUAAAGAUGCCUUGGAAUGGGAAGACAUUCACUUACCUGGUGGUUUUUGCACUUGGCUCGCUACUCCUGAGGCGAACUUCCUGCAUGGUAAGUUCGUGUGGGCGCAAUGGGAUGUUGAUGAGUUGCUCGCUGUGAAGGAGAGGGUGAAGAAGGACCCAAGCUUUCUCACUAUCGGGCUCGUGCAAUGA